AUGGAUGAAAUUUAUGAAAAUAAAUUAAUAUAUUAUAGACGAAUUGAAAAGAGAAUUAAAGACGUGGAAGAAAAUGAAGCAAUAACAAAUAAAGCAAUGGAACAGAUUCGUCAACAAUCUGAAUCUAAUCCGAUAAGUUUCGGUCCUGCCAAUGAUUUAAUUCGAUUUUUUUAUAUUCUUGAGCAACAAUAUCAAAGUGAUAGUGAUGAAAUACGAACAAAAUCAAGAGAAGAUUUAUUAGAAUAUCUUGAUCAAUUUCGAACAACUAAUGAUGAAAUUGACAACGAAGAAAAUGAUGAUGAAGAAGAUCAAGAACCAGAAGAAUCAGUUGAAAUACAACAGUCAGAACCAAUAUCUCUUCCUAUGAUACCACCAUCUACAACAAUAUCUCCAAAAGCACAACCAUUAUCAACUCAAUCAAUACCAUUGCAACUACCAUCAGUUUUAUCUUCAAAAUCGCAACCAUUAUCAAAUGAAUCGUUACCAAUGCAACAGCCAUCAGUUGGUUUAUCAUCAUUUGUACAAGCAGCAAAUACAACACCUGUACUCUCUCAAUCGUCAUCUGAUAAACCUCAAUUAUCAUCAACCUUAUCACCAGUGACUAGUCCCAGUUGCAUCACACCAGGAACACUUAAGAACUAUGAGAAAUUAUUAUCGGAAGCUCAACAAUAUAAACAAUGUUUCGAAACAAUAGAUAAGUCACGUAAAAGUCUAUUAAUAAGUUUUCUCAGAGAGACACUAAAUAAAUUACGUACAGAUACAUAUGAAAUUUUAAAAAGUGAAUUAUUUCAAUAUUUGAAAGGUCAGAAAUCAAGAGGAGAUAUUCGUAUAUCAAGUAAUGAAGAGCGUUUAUUAUGUUUAUCAAUGUUUGCAAAACUUAUUCUUCGUCAAUUACUUGGUGGUGAUCUGGAUGAUAAAAAAACUGAAGUUUUACUACCAUUAAUUCGUGAUAUUAAUGAAAAUAAAGAACAAAAAGAAUUUCGUAUUAUAUUUCUUGAUUGUCUGCAUGAACGUUGUCCAUACACAGUACCAUUAUAUCCAGAACGUACAGCAACAAUGGAUGAUAUAAAAUAUAAAUUAGCACUCGGUUAUGUAGUAAAAAAAGAAGGUGAUCAAGAACGUUUAGAAACAAAUGACGAAUUUCUCAAUCGUAUGAAUGGAUUUAUUCGAUUAUUUUGUAAAUUACUUGUUAAUCGUAUACCACCAUUUGAUGAUGGUUCAACAUUUGUAUGGACAUGGUGUUCUGAUGUUUUAAAUUUACCACCUAGACCAGAUUUAACAGCACUUUUAUUACGUGUAUUUCUUCAAGAAGCUGGUGAUAUGAUGAUAAAAACAUAUCCACCACAAUUUCAAAAAAUAAUUAAUACAAUUCGAAAGAAAGAGAAUUUUGACAAAAUAGUAACAGGUGCAAGUGAAAGUGAAAAAUCGCAACUUGCACAAGCAUUAGAUAAAUUUCCAAAAAAAACCUAA